UAGCAUACAGAAUUGGAAGAAUUUUAUUUUUCUUAUUAGUAACACUUCUCAUUGUGGCUAUUGUUUUUAAAUGUUCUAUUACUAUCUUUUUCUUAUGUCAGUAGCUAACUUUACACACUGUGUACAUCCAAACUUCAUAUCAUAUGAUGUGUGGAUCAUCUUGAGUCUCUUCUUUACAACCCUGAUGUAUAUUAUCUGAUUGAUGAGCUUGAUUUGGCUGCAAUUUGUUGGGGCAUUAUUUGAGAAUGUGGUUUUAGUUCGUGAUAUCACUUAAUGAGAAUAGGCUCCAAACAUAUCCAUGGGUAACUGUUCCGUUAUUGGUUUAAUUGAUUAGGGAGGUGAGGGAUUUGUUAAUUAAUCAGGCAAUGAGCACAUUUUCAGUUUGGAAUACAUUUGAUAUUUAAUAGAAUGGGGUUCUGGCAUUGGGUUGCUGGGUUAUGUUGGUUCCUUUGAUAUUAGCAGGUAGGAAUUACUAAGCCACACAACUCUUAAAUGUCACAUAUUAAUGUUCUUUGCUUCUCAUGCUGCAUUCUCAUUAUAUGGGCAAACGGUGCUUGACUAUGGGUCUCUAAUUGGAAUGGCUGCAUUGCAUUUUGAUAACUUACCUGAAAAUAUUCCAACCCGUGGAACCCUAGAAAUUUCAUUUUAUCAAAGCUUAUAAUUAUUGUCAGGUUUUAUAUAAUCAUUAUGAAAUUGGAGUUCUGCUAUUCUGAAAAUGUUUUUCUGCAAAUGUUAUUCAGUCAUGCUUUCCUAUGUAGAUUAGAAUCCCUAGUUGCCAAGCCAUAUUUGCAGUUAUUAGUUUUGUUUUGAUUCCAUCUGUGGUUCUUGGAUCGACGCAUGAAUUUAACUAGUUUAUUUUUGCAUUUUUUAAACCAGUUAAUAGGUUAAUUACCUCGACCCAUCUUGACCAUUGCUGUCUGUAUCUGUUCACUGCCUUUAUUAUGGCAAAAUUUCUUUCUUUUUUUUUUUUUUUUGUGAGAGAUACAGCUUCGGUUGAGGUAAUUAUUAGUCAUGGCCGGGUUGUAUAGGAAACGCAAUUGGACACUAUAGAGAAGGGUCACUUUGUCAUUAGCUUCUCAGAUGUUGCCUACUGAGAUGUUAGUGUUACAGGUUUCUUUCUCUUAAGUAUCAAGAACGUGCCCCCCAAUUGCCAGGACCAGAGGACGCGCAGAUAUUCUCUAACACGACGGCAAUCUCAACUUCAUCCUCAUCUUGGCAUGGUUUCACCAAUUUUUAGGCCUUCAGGUGCGGACCUUUCUUGCUCCCUUCUGCUUGCUAAGAGUACGUGUGUAUUGGUGAAAGGCAAUCAGAGUGUUUCAGAUGCAAGUGAUUGAUUCUUGUUCUACAUUUGCAUGAGUCGUUCAAAACAGGAACUGAACAAUACCUGCAAGGGGAAACAAAAACAAAACAAGAAUGUGUCCAUGAAUACAAACCAAAUGCCUGUAGAAUUGCGACUUGUUUCCUGUGAUUGUAAGAGUCGGUCUAAAAAACGAGAAUGGUAUUUAGCGGUAGUAUUUUGGAGGCUGUAUCAAUCGGUGCUUAAAUUGGGUAACAUAUGGCUUACCAGCAAUGCAUGGUGUCAACCAGCUUCAUUUAGGAUUUACGUGAUAUUUGCAGAUUGAACCAUUUCAUUAC